AUGGCGACCACGCUUGGCGUUCUGGGCUUUAACCAAGACAUGAAUGCAUCCACUUCAUCGCCUAGUAACCAAGAAAGCGUCAACGAACGACUAACCUUUAGAUUACGCAGCCACGGGUGGAUCGACAGAGAGAACGAGCUGUUUCUGUCGAUUCCAAAAUGCGCUACAGCUUGCUAUAAUAUCAUUUUCUUUCCCGGAGAUGUUCAAGACUUUGAGACAGCAAUGAUGACCGGCCCUUUUGCCCAUUAUUGUGAGUACUCCUACGAGGCAGUGGCUGAGCUACUAAGUAAAAAGUUUGGAGAAGCGUGCAACGUUUGGAUUAUACGACCUCAUCGCUUCAAACACGGUGCCUAUAGUAGCUACGAUAAUUUCGUGAGGACGAACGAAUAUGGGGCGGCGAUACAAUAUGAUCCGACAGCUUCAGCGACAAAGCACUUGGCAUUUCUUAUGCAGAAUACACAAGCGGCUUUAAGACAACAAGGAGUGAAUGUGUCAACUGUGCUUCCAAUGCAUUUACUGGGGUUCAGCAAGGGUGGCGUUGUAUUAAACCAACUUGUGACGGAGUUAGUGCGGUACUCAUUUAAUAAGAAGCGCUCAAACAACGGUCAAAUUCGACAGGGAUCUGUGUACGCCAGUACGCGACAAUUUUUUGCAGCUGUUGACUCUAUUCAUUGGCUGGACUCGGGUAAUGGGUCUCUUGAAGGUGCUUUCCCUACGGAUAAAUCAGCUUUAGCAGUGCUCGCUCGAUAUGAACAACUCAAUCUUUUUGUGCAUGUGACUCCAUAUCAAUAUGAAGCCAGGCAGCGACCAUGGAUUAAGAAUGAAGUGAACAGUUUUAUUAACUGCGUAAAGCUCCUUGGGGCUAAUAUCCAACUCAUUAUCUACAAUGCAGGCGACGAGUGCUCACUAGCAUCUCAUUUUCACAUUUUGCAUGAUUUUGAGGCCGAUCGGUUAUUUAAGCUAAAAGGCGACGGAAUCAAAGCUUCACCAGAACUUGCUGUUCAACCCGUUCGAAUUCGAGUUUGUACCUCAGCGACUUCAAUGAAGAGUCAUAAGAGCUGA